AUGAAUAUCGAGGGUAUUGCAGUAAUUACGGAAUAUAAACACUCACCGAAAUCACGGGAAUUAGAUGUCGGCAGACGCCAUGAAAUACAAUCUACGGUGCAAUCGGAACAUCAGCGAGAAGAUGACGAAAAAAGACUUCGUAUACGACAUUCGUCCACCGAUUCAAAGUUCCAGAAAGAAGGAAAAUAUCCAGUCGUACUACCGCUACAGCUCCGAAAGAAGCAAUGCACCGAUUCGAAAAUGCCUCAAUACACGGUUAUUUCGGAAAAGAACGAUUACAACGAAAACGACGAUGGAAUGAAUUUUUCAGAGCAACGAGCCUUGAGAUUUGAGUGCAAUUUCUGUCACGAACAAAUUGCUACACUCCUGUCAUUAUCCACCCACAUUAAAUUUCAUCGGCGCACAUAUUGCAAGUACUGCUAUUGGAUACUGCCAGAGAAUGAAACGAUGGAAGAGCACAUUGAAAAUACUCAUCGAAUCGAUUCAGGUAUUGGCACUUAA